AUGUCACUUGCAAUCACUUCCCAGCAAAGGGCAUCUCAAUUUUUCACUCUGCCUCUCAAGAAUUUUAACUUCCUUAAACAUUACAGUACCUCAAUCCAAACAGAGUCUUUCUUCAUCAACCUCCUCGAAAAAUCCACCCACAGAACCCACCUCACUCAAAUCCAUACCCAGCUGUUCACUCGUGGCCUGCAGAACAACGGGUUCAUCAUCACCAAAUUCAUCCACGCCGCAGGCUCGAAGCUCGGACAAAUCGACUAUGCCCGCAAACUGUUCGACGAAUUUCCCCAACAGCAUGUUUUCCUGUGGAACGCGAUUAUCAAGUGCUACUCGACCCACGGCAUGCCAGCUGCAGUCCUCGACCUAUACUCCGGAAUGCAGUGGGCCCAAGUGAGCCCAGACAAGUUCACCUUCCCACUUGUGCUCAAAGCUUGUGCGGGCCUACGGGCCUUACGGUAUGGCUGCGCGGCCCAUGGGCAGAUACUCAGGCACGGUCUGACAGAAGACGUUGUCUCACAAAACGGGCUCUUGUCGUUUUACAUCAAAUGCGGAGAAAAUAACCGCGCACGUGUUGUUUUCGAUAUCUUGAGUGAGAACAACAGAAAUGUCGUCUCGUGGACUUCGGUUAUCUCGGGCCUCGCGCAGAACGGGCAGCCCGUGGAGGCCCUGAGGAUUUUCGGUGGCAUGAUGGAGUCGAAAGUGAAACCCGACCAAAUAUCUUUAGUUAGUGUUCUCAAGGCGUGUUCGGAUAUUGACGGGCUUAGCCAGGGAAAAUGCAUCCACGGAUUUGCAGUGAAAACGGGCUUCGAAACCGAGCCCGACCUGCAAAUCGCGCUUACUUCUCUGUACGCGAAAUGCGGGCACGUCGAAGACGCAAAAUCCCUGUUCGACCGAGUGAAGGAGGGCAAAAACGUAAUUCUCUGGAAUUCCAUGAUCUCGGGCUUUGCCAAAAACGGCCGCGCCGAGGACGCGCUCGAUCUUUUCUCCGAGAUGAUAUCGAAUAACGUGCGGCCCGAUGAAGGAACAAUACAGUCCUCCGUACGGGCCGUGGCCCAAUUAGGUUCGCUCGAACACGCAAAAUGGAUGGACGAGUACGUAUCACUUAGUAAAUUCAGAAACGACGUGUACAUUUGCAGUGGGCUAAUCGACAUGUACGCAAAAUGCGGAAGUUUGGUUUUAGCCCGCGAAGUUUUCGACCGAAUCCCGUUAAAAGACGUAGUCGUGUGGAGCUCGAUGAUGACGGGCCUUGCCUUGCACGGAUUAGGAACUAAAGCAAUCGAUCUUUUCAAUGAGAUGAAAAAAUCCGAGGCCCAACCCAACGACGUCACGUUUCUCGGGCUCAUCACGGCGUGUAGCCACUCGGGCCUAGUCGACGAGGGGUGGAAUUUUUUCCUAUCCAUGAAAGAUUACGGGCUCGAGCCCAACCAAAAGCACUACGCGUGCAUAGUCGAUUUAUUGGGCCGGGCAGGAUAUUUAGACAAGGCCCGCGAUUUCAUCAACAAAAUGCCGGUCGAUCCCGGCGUCUCGGUUUGGGGGGCAUUGUUAAGCGCAUGUAGGGUCCACCGCCAUGUGUCACUUGCUGAACACGCGGCAGGUAAGGUUUUCUCGUUGGACCCGUUAAAUACGGGCCAUUACGUCCAGCUGUCGAAUCUGUACGCUUCGAACCGAAUUUGGUGCGGAGUCGAACGAGUGAGAUUGUUGAUGAAGUCGAAAGGGCUGAGCAAAGACUCGGGAUUUAGUGCGGUGGAGAUAAACGGGAAGUUUGAAGUUUUUCGAAUGGGGGAUAAGUCUCAUCCGAGAUCGGUCGAGAUAUAUAAGAAGCUCGAGUGGUUGGAAAUGAGGCUUUUGGAAAAUGGGUUUGUCCCGGAUAAGGAAUCGGGUUUGCAUGAUUUGGAUGGAGAAGAUAGUGAGGCGAUUCUGUGUGAUUAUUGGUGA